AAUCAGGAGGCGGGCUGGGACUGUGUGCGCACGUCCACUUGGAGCUGCAGAGGCUGGGUUCUUCCCUCCCCAACCUUGGCGAAAGCAAAGUCUGAAGGCGGGAGAGGGGUUCCUGGUCCUCAGACCCCUUCUGGGUGCCUCUUUUGGCCCCUCCUGGGCCAUCUCAUCGCUUCUCCUUACCUCUGAGCUGAUUGACCUCUCUCUGGUUAAUUCAUGGUUAUUCCCCAAUUUCCAUUUUACAAAUGAGAAAACUGGGGCUGGGGGUGUUAAUUUGCCCAACCCCUUGGUUUCUAUGAGCGAGUUCUCUUGACUUUCAUUCUCUGCUUGCGGGUGGAGGGCCCUUCCCUCCCUGUUGAGCCCGGUCUCUGGAUAAGGAUCCCCUGACACCUAGCUUCAGGAAGCCCCUCCCUACAGUUUUUUAUCCUCGGUGGGAAGUUCAUCCCCCUGUCUUGCUUCCAUUCUGUGAGGUGGGUUAAAGCUCGUUUUGAAGAAUGGCCCCAGAAAAAGACCCUGAGAGGGAGCUGAAUCUGCUUAGCUCCUUUUGGGGGUUCUUGCAGGGCCCCUUCCCCUCCCGCUACAGACCUCCUCUCUGUGACAGAUUCAGGAUGGUUCCCUGUCCCUGCACCCUUAAGCCUCUUGCUAACCCCCUUUUUCCCAAAAGAGGAGCCCCACCUCCUCAGAGCAAGGGGCUGGCCUGUGCUAUUUCUGUCCUUUCUGGGCUUCUUCUGAGAACAGAUUCUUGUUUUCCGUCUGAUUCAGAUGUGAAACUUUUCCCGCAGCCUCCCCUCUCACCCAGUUCCGGUAGGCUGGGUCUCUGCCUCCCCACUCUCUUCUUCCUGCAGCCAGGCCCCUCCCCAAAGUUCUCUCUGGUCAGUUGCUCAGUUCUACUGGGACCUGGAGGAGGAAGGCAGGGGCCAAAGAGGAAUUUGUCCCCCCUUGGGGGCCCUGGGGCUCCCGGGGUCCGGAUUUUGAUACUCUGAAGCAGGAACCUUUGAUUCCCAUGGCAAACCCUGUUCCUGUUCAGAGGAGCCACCUCCAGGGUCCCAUUCUCAGGUAGGUGCCAGGGAUGAGAAGAGGAAGGGGGAGGAGGGAGAGGACAGGUUGCUCAUGGAUCCACCAGUUGUAGUUUAGUGAAGUGGAGAGAUCAAGACCUGGCAGUCCCCCAUAUGUUUUGUGCGUCUGUGUGUGUGUGUGUGUGCGUGUGUGUGUGUGCCAACUUCACCUUUUACUCUGUCCAUCUUGCCCUUUACCUUAUUCUCCUCCCAUUUCCAUCCCCCCCACCUUUUUAAAAAUUGCUUCUUCUUGACUAUGGUAGGUGACUUAUCAUUGUUUCUUCCUUUUCUCUCCUUCCUGACUGCCAACAUCCUUAGGACCUCACAUUCCUUCGAAAUUUCAUCUUGUCUUAAGAACCCAAACUGGAAAUAGAAUUCUUCUCCUGACUCCCAUCCCCUAUCUUAUUCUAAAGUCCUUCAGAGUUAGGAUCUCCCCAGACCCACUCAAAAUCUUCACAUCACUGUUCUUCUGCAGGAAGUCCUUCUCUGGCUUCCCUGUCCUAAGCCCCCUACUUAUGGUGAUCUUUUUGGGAAUGUGGGUGCUGGAAGCAGAGGCAGGGGACUUUGGAAAUCCCCAGAACACCAGCCAUGGUGAGCCAAAGAAAUGAACUGUAGAAGCUGGAGAAGCUGAGCUCUUCUGAGGUGUUGGGGUUAUAACUGCCAGAGUCUUUUCCUCCCAAUGGCUGCCUAGAGCUAGGAGAGACUGUGGACUUCCAGAAGUCGGGAUCUGAGGCUUUUCCAAUCGUGCAGGGACUGAAGGCUGCGCUACAUGGUGAAGCAGUUGGAGAAUGGGGAGAUAAACAUUGAGGAGCUGAAGAAAAAUCUGGAGUACACAGCUUCUCUGCUGGAAGCCGUCUACAUAGAUGAGACACGGCAAAUCUUGGACACGGAGGACGAGCUGCAGGAGCUGCGGUCAGAUGCCGUGCCUUCGGAGGUGCGGGACUGGCUGGCCUCCACCUUCACCCAGCAGGCCCGGGCCAAAGGCCGCCGAGCAGAGGAGAAGCCCAAGUUCCGAAGCAUUGUGCACGCUGUGCAGGCUGGGAUCUUCGUGGAACGGAUGUUCCGGAGAACAUACACCUCUGUGGGCCCCACUUACUCUACUGCGGUUCUCAACUGUCUCAAGAACCUGGAUCUCUGGUGCUUUGAUGUCUUUUCCUUGAACCGGGCAGCAGAUGACCAUGCCCUGAGGACCAUUGUUUUUGAGUUGCUGACUCGGCAUAACCUCAUCAGCCGCUUCAAGAUUCCCACUGUGUUUUUGAUGAGUUUCCUGGAUGCCUUGGAGACAGGCUAUGGGAAGUACAAGAAUCCUUACCACAACCAGAUCCACGCAGCCGAUGUUACCCAGACAGUCCAUUGCUUCUUGCUCCGCACAGGGAUGGUGCACUGCCUGUCGGAGAUUGAGCUCCUGGCCAUCAUCUUUGCUGCAGCUAUCCAUGAUUAUGAGCACACGGGCACUACCAACAGCUUCCACAUCCAGACCAAGUCGGAAUGUGCCAUCCUGUACAAUGAUCGUUCAGUGCUGGAGAAUCACCACAUCAGCUCUGUUUUCCGACUGAUGCAGGAUGAUGAGAUGAACAUUUUCAUCAACCUCACCAAGGAUGAGUUUGUAGAACUCCGAGCCCUGGUCAUUGAGAUGGUGUUGGCCACAGACAUGUCCUGCCAUUUCCAGCAAGUGAAGACCAUGAAGACAGCCUUGCAACAGCUGGAGAGGAUUGACAAGCCCAAGGCCCUGUCUCUACUGCUCCAUGCUGCUGACAUCAGCCACCCAACCAAGCAGUGGUUGGUCCACAGCCGUUGGACCAAGGCCCUCAUGGAGGAAUUCUUCCGUCAGGGUGACAAGGAGGCAGAGUUGGGCCUGCCCUUUUCUCCACUCUGUGACCGCACUUCCACUCUAGUGGCACAGUCUCAGAUAGGGUUCAUCGACUUCAUUGUGGAGCCCACAUUCUCUGUGCUGACUGAUGUGGCAGAGAAGAGUGUUCAGCCCCUGGCGGAUGAGGACUCCAAGUCUAAAAACCAGCCCAGCUUUCAGUGGCGCCAGCCCUCUCUGGAUGUGGAAGUGGGAGACCCCAACCCAGAUGUGGUCAGCUUUCGUUCCACCUGGGUCAAGCGCAUUCAGGAGAACAAGCAGAAAUGGAAGGAACGGGCAGCAAGUGGCAUCGCCAACCAGAUGUCCAUUGACGAGCUGUCCCCCUGUGAAGAAGAGGCCCCCCCAUCCCCUGCCGAAGAUGAACACAACCAGAAUGGGAAUCUGGAUUAGCCCUGGGGCUGGCCCAGGUCUUCAUUGAGUCCAAAGUGUUUGAUGUCAUCAGCACCAUCCAUCAGGACUGGCUCCCCCAUCUGCUCCAAGGGAGCGUGGUCGUGGAAGAAACAACCCACCUGAAGGCCAAAUGCCAGAGAUUUGGGGUUGGGGAAAGGGCCCCUCCCCACCUGACACCCACUGGGGUGCACUUUAAUGUUCCGGCAGCAAGACUGGGGAACUUCAGGCUCCCAGUGGUCACUGUGCCCAUCCCUCAGCCUCUGGAUUCUCUUCAUGGCCAGGCGGCUGCCAGGGAGCAGGGAGCUUCCUGGAGGCGUCCCAGGGCCUUGGGGAAGGAUCAGAGAUGCCAGCCCCCUGGGACCUCCCCCAUCCUUUUUGCCUCCAAGUUUCUAAGCAAUACAUUUUGGGGGUUCCCUCAGCCCCCCACCCCAGAUCUUAGCUGGCAGGUCUGGGUCCCCCUUUUCCUCCCCUGGAAAGGGCUGGAAUAGGAUAGAAAGCUGGGGGUAUUCAGAGCCCUAUGUGUGGGGAGGGGAGUGGGUUCCUUCAGGGCAUGGUACCUUUCUAGGACCUGGGAAUGGGGUGGAUAGGACAUCCUCUUCACCCCAGAAUUGCGCUGCUUCAGCCCCAUCUCCAGCCUGAUCCUCUGCAAUCUUCCUUCUCUCCCUUUCUGAUAUAGUGACCGGGGCAAAAGGAGCCAUUGUGACCAGGGGCUGCGGGAGGCCUUUCCUGGGACCUUCCUUGGGACUGGUCUGGGCCCCUGGGGCUUGUCGCCUGCCCUGGCUGAGUCCCGAGCCCUUUGCCUCCUUCCUCUCCCCUGGGGCUGGGAGGCUCCAUCCGACCAAUGUCUGUAAAGUGCUUUGAGGAUCUCCCCAGCAAAGCACCUUCAGAAUGUAUCGACACCAGCUGGGUUAGGGUCAAGGGUGCCUGGGGAGGGUGAGUAAUCCUGCAUUGCUAAAAGAGAGGGUCUGUCCCCUCCUUUCCACGUCCCAGAACUGGCCCAGCUGCAGGCACUAAGAAGCUCUUCCCCUGAGACAAGUGAGGGGUAGUGGGUGAAAGGCAGAUGGACAAGGGGCUCAGGGCUGCUGCCUUCCUGUCCUCUGGAGAGAACCCAGCCAGGCGCGGUGCCCCUUCCUCUCCUCAGGCUCCUCCUUGCCCCCACCUCGCCCCAGGAAAGGCCAAAGUCCAGGUGACUGCCCUCCUUCUUUCUUGUAAAUACCAACCAUGCAUUUGUACAGUGGGCCCUGUUCAUGCGAAAUCCACAUCCAUGGUCUCCUAGACCUGCUACCCUGGUACUUCCACCCUACCCCACCCCGAGAAGGGCAGAGACGCAUGUGACUCACCCCUGCCCUUGGUUUCCCAGACCCCUGCUAUAGCCAGAGAACAAUAAAGAAGGGAGACCAGG